GUGAAUAAUAGAGCAAUACAGAUUCGUUGCCUUUCCAUAGAAUCAUGAUGUUGAUGGCAAUAGUCACCGCCGCCGGCUCUGUGCUUCGAGAGCCCCCCGGUCCUCCGUCAUUGCCAUCGAUAAUGUCGAAUGGUUUGGGGUCGCUUCCGUUGAUAGGACUUGGAAAAGCGGUUGGCAUCGGCCCUCCACCACACGAACGAAUGGACCAGCUAGCAGAUCGAUUUGGAGACGUAAUGACGCUGCAAAUGGGCCGCGAGCCCUGGGUGAUUCUGUCGUCCCCGAGUGCCGUCCACGAGGCCUUUGUUGUCAAAGGGGGCGAUUUUAGUGGACGGCCGAUGGUACCGUCGAUGAGCAUCUCAUCGGGAAAAGGGCAAGGAUUUGCCAAGAAAAAAUUAGACCCGGCAUUGAUUAAGCUCCGACAGAAAGCCUUCGGGGAAUUAUUCGACGCUAGGAGUGUAGAAAGAUCGCUGUCGCAUUUUGAGGCAGAAACUGAACUUUUGGUGGAUCAUUUGGUAUCAGCGAGUUCUUCUUCAAAUGGUGGCGUUGAGAUUCGACCAGCACUCCGCCGUGCAGUGACAAAUAUGGUGCUGCGAUACGCCUUCUCGGCUCGAGUUCCGUAUGAUGGAGAACAAUCAACAUCGGUAUCUCCAUCUUCCUCCACUCCUGCAACCGGCAUCGGCAACAUUGCAUGUAAUUCUUCGCCUUUGUUCGAGGAGCUGGUCGAUGUUGUGGAACAUUUAUGGGACGAGCUCACGUCGACACAAACAUUCCUCACAGAUUUAGUCACCGAUCCUCGCAUUGCUGAUAGAUAUUACGAGGGAAUGUCGCCUAUCCCGUCGUUGGUAGAAAAGAGGGAUAACUUGAUUCGCAAAAUAGUAUCUCAGCGCCGACUCGAACGACAGGCAAAUAAGAAUGCAAAGAGCAGCAACGAUAUGCUAGACGUUCUUUUAGGUGCUUCACUUCCCGAAUCGGAUGUGAUGUACACUCUGGUGGACCUCUUCGUGGCUGGCGUGAAUACGGUUAGCACGACGCUAGAAUGGAUGCUGCUACUUACUGCAAAGGAACCGCAAUACCAAGCACGUGCUAGACUCGACGCCGCAUCGAGGAGGAAGAGAAUAUGCACGAUAGACUCGAAAGUCAGCAACCAUGCAGAGGAACAAUCGUACGUGGAUGCUCUCAUUAAAGAAACGCUGCGAUACAAACCUCCGCUUCUCCUACCCCGAAGGUCGAUAGUUGACACGAGCAUUGGAAAACAUCGAAUACCCGCCGGUAGAAUCGUCAUGGCCAACAACUGGUCGCUGACACGUGACGAUGAUUCUUGGCAUCUGCCGAACGCAUUUCGACCCGAGCGAUGGCUGGAAGAGGAAGACAGGGUGUUCAGGGGCACUGAAUCGUGCAAAUUCAUUCCCUAUUCGAUUGGGAAACGUGCAUGCCCCGGCAGCCGACUCGCACAAGCAGAGCUUUCCACGGCAACAGAUGUGUUGCUUCGCUCCGUAUCAUGGAGCCCUGUUGAGCUGAGAACCGAUCUUCGGGAAGAGUAUUCUCUCACACUAUCGCCAAGUCGAAGCCAAUCGCUACGCUUCCAUCGGUUGGAAUCUAAGGCUAAUAAGGGAAACUUGUCUCGUGAGAAACUUUAAACUGUAUCUGUGUUCAGAAGUUGUUGGUMACACAUGUUACUUGGAAAAACUAUGACUGUAGCCUUGGAACACAACCGAAGAAAGUAGUUCAAAAAGCUGCCGCAUAAGUAGUCGAAGAUAAAAUCUAAUGGUAAAA